AGGAACUGACUCAAGAGAAAGAAAGGUAUAUAAAAGAGAACGGAAAAAGUAAUUAUCAAUAUUCACGAAAAUGCUUGCAGUUGAAUCAAAAAGAAGUUCAAAAUCUUCUCCAAAAUAAAACUCCUUAUGUUCUGCGCUUGAAAAUUCCCCAAGAACAUAAUUACUCCUUUUGUGAUUUAGUGCGAGGUGAAGUUAAAUUUCAAGGCAAAGAUAUUGAGGAUUUUGUUCUUUUUCGCCAAAAUGGAAUCCCUAACUAUAAUUUUGCUUGUGUUAUUGACGAUUAUUUGAUGAAAAUUAGCCAUGUUUUACGAGGCGAAGAACAUUUAUCCAAUGCUGGCAAGCAAUUACGCGAUAAAGAAACCAGCCAAUGGCAAUUAAUUGGCCAACUACGAGAAAAAGGUUAUUUACCACAAGCAAUAGUUAAUUACUUACUUCUUUUAGGCUGGCAUCCCGGAACUACCGAAGAAGUUUUUAAUUUGGAGGAAGCGAUUAAACAAUUUAACUUAGAAGGGUUAAACGCACGCGGAGCAGUUUAUGACUUGGAAAAACUUAAUUGA